CUCCCGCUGCUGCGCCAGGCUAAGGGGUGGCUUGUGCUGGCUCCUUGCGCAGGACUGGCGUGUGCAGCAGGCAAAGGACCGAGGAAUGCGCCGAGUCCCGGUCCCCCUCCUCCCCUUGCCGCUGGAGCGGUGCAUUGUGGAGGGAGCCCGCGUCCCGCCGCCGCUGAGGAAGCCUCCUGCCCUCGGGAAGCGCCUCGGCUGGGAGCUGUCCAAGGUGCCGGGGCCCCUGCGACACCCCCGCCCGCUCCUGCGCCCCGGCCCUCUCGCCUCCUCCCGCCCUGUCCGCGGCGCCCGGCCGGAGACGAGCAUGGUGUUUGCUCCAGGUGAGAAAUCUGGAAAUGAACAAGAAGAAGUUGCGCUGCAGAAUGCCAGCAAACAGAUUGUGCAAACUGCCAUCCUGCAGGCCGUUCAGCAAGUUUCUCGGGAGAGCCAACAAAAGGAGAAGAGAGUAAACAGCAGUGUGAGUCUGCAGUUAGAAAGAGGGGAAUUAACCAAGAAGCAUGAAAAGAAGUAAAAGAGUGAACUACUUGUUUUGGUCCUCCAGUUGGCAGUAUCUCCAGCUUUCCUCUUAGUAUCAGCUGUGUUGCCAGUGCAAUGUUACUACUGUAAAGCAAACCAAAGUAUAAUCAGCACCUAGACAUAGAGUAAAGCUGCAAUAGUCCUCAAUUGAGAAAUAUUAAGUGCAUUAGGUGACUAACUUCAUAUUUAUGCAGUGCCUCUUAAACAUAAUGAACAAAAAUACUAUAGCUAUAAAAUAGUUUCAAGCACAAUCUCUUCUUAAGGGAUGGUUUUAUAUGCAAAAGCUUAUUGCUAGUGCACUUCUGUAUGAAUCUUAUGUGCAUCAUUUGUGUCUGUUCAAUUGGCAGGUAUCUCCACUGAGUUACAGAUUUUACUAGGGAUUGGCUAUGUCAAUGAAACAAUAUAUUGUAGCGUGUAGGAGAUGCGCUUUCAGGCUCCUUGAACACGAGUUUGUGUUUUAUUUGGAUAGAAUGUGGGAUGUACAAAAUAGCAGCUGUAAAAUGGAUUUGGAAAGUUUCAUGCACAAAUCUCUUUUCAUUCUUUUACAGUCUCUUUACAAAGUACAUUAUCUAUGACUAUAUAGUUCACUCCUUAUGCUGCAGAUGAUGUAAAUGUCCGGUACAUUUCUAAUCUUUUGCACAAAAAUAAUUUGUGAGCCUCAAAGAUUCCUUUAAUUUUGCCAAUAAUAAAAGAAAAGAACCCAGGGUA